AUGCAAAUGAUUGAUCAUUCAGCUUACUCUCGUAAAGAAUGUAUGGUUGAGGAGCUUGAAUUCAGAUUUCACUUUUAUGCAGUUUUUGAGAAGUCGACAAAUCCUUACGAUAAGGCUAUCAACCGCAUGCUUAUUGCACGGCCUCAGGGUCAGCAGCUUUUCGAGAUAGAGAAAAUCAUUAGUACACACGUAUGGUUCCAGAACCGGAGAGCCAAAUGGAGAAAGCAGGAGAAAGCAUCAGGGAACGUUACACAAGUUCAAGGUUACAAUCCUUACACCUUACCGCCGCCAGCUACCACUGCAACGACAGUCCUCGGACCACAAAAUCAUUAUACUACGCUCAACUUCACUAGAAAACCGUAUGAUUCUGCACUUUUCACCUCGCGUCUGCCUCCCGUGUUUUUGCCCUCCGCAGCUACAGCUUUGUUACCACCAAUUGGAUCAUAUAUGGGGCCAUCGGCAUAUGCCUUGCGUGAUUUAGUUUCUUACCCGAAUUCACUCCUGCCUAUAAGCAUGUCAACUCCAUUUUCUUCUCCGUUUCCAGCGACAUCGUUUCAGACAUUACUGGCUAAUUUAUCGGCUCAAAGCAGGCCAAAGUUGCCAGGAGAGUCAACCAACGAAUAUUACGCAGGACUUUUCAAUCACGUUCCUUCAGCCUCAUCAAGCACGAGCAGUCUACCCGAUACUGUUGAGUUUGACCGUCGGAGCUCCAGUAUAGCAGCUCUUCGUAUGAAGGCAAGGGAGCAUGAAGUUCGCAUGGAAAUUAUUCGAAAAGCAAAUGGUGAAUUUAUCAGUUGAACGUGUUUCUUAUGACCUGAAAAACAAAGGAAAAUAAUCAGAUCCUGUUGAAAAGCGUAUGUCACCUCCUUUGAAUGUUGUGUUAGACCAAAGAUACAAUCAACUCCUUAAAAACGUUGUUUGAAACGUAUUUUGUGGGAAUGUACUCAUCAACAAUGUUUUUGUUGUUAGGUUUUUUCAUAUUUGUACACUGAUUCCGGGGAGUCUUUAGUGCCUUUAGUUUUCGUCUAGUGUAUAGCAUUUCGACUGAAACAAACCCAACAUAGUUGUGUAAAUUGACACUUUCAGUUUUAGGCGCAGCAUCAGAUCAUCACUUAUUCAAUGCCUGGUGUUUUCGAACGUUACAAAGAAGUCUGAUAUACAGAAGUACCGGCCAUUAUUUCAAUCACUUCGGGAAGUUAACUGCUCGAAACUUGGAGACUGUCCUUUCCUGGUGCACCUUUUCCACUUGGAGAUGGUUCCACUUCCAGACUAUGUUAACACUGUUCGGCAGUUCAAUUAAUACUAUGUUAACACUGUUCGGCAGUUCAAUUAAUUAUAAAUUUAGUUUCCCACACUAAAAGUUUUUGUUGUUUUAAAACUCUUUACUUAGUUUAAUAGUUAACAAAGAAGGAAAACAUAUUUGUUUCCAAGUGAGCACGUUGGAAAGUUGCUAUACUGUGCUUUAUGUGUUGAUAAAUUAUUUAUUACAGGCGUAAGCCUUGAACACUAAAACUGAUGUUUAAAGCAAA